UAUUGUUUGCUGCCGUUGCGAAUUGCGAUGUACGUCCGUUGCCUGUCACACACAUUUUAAUAAAUACGAAUCGAAUAAUUACAAUAAAUAAUUAUAUUUAGGUAAUAGUGUAAUACCGAUUCCGAAUAUACCAUUCAUAUUUCAUUCUUUCAGCUCUCGUUCAUCGUUGAAAAUGAUUCAAACGUCAAAUAAUAUGUAUGUUCCCACUGGUUCCAGUAACGACUUGGAUCGUCAAAUCGAACAGCUUAGGCAAUGUGAAAUCAUCGUGGAACAGGAGGUGAAAGCAUUGUGUUCCAAAGCACGCGAAAUACUCAUUGAAGAGAGCAACGUGCAACGCGUUGACUCGCCCGUCACUGUAUGUGGAGAUAUUCAUGGACAGUUUUAUGAUCUAAAAGAAUUGUUUAAAGUAGGCGGUGAUAUUCCUGAAAGAAAUUAUUUAUUUAUGGGUGAUUUUGUCGACCGAGGAUUCUUCAGUGUUGAGACAUUUUUACUUCUACUUGCCUUAAAAGUAAGAUAUCCUGAUCGAAUAACAUUAAUACGUGGUAACCAUGAAUCACGACAAAUCACUCAAGUUUAUGGAUUCUACGAUGAAUGCUUACGAAAAUACAAUAGUGUUGCUGUAUGGCGUUAUUGUACUGAAAUUUUUGAUUAUCUGAGUUUAUCUGCUAUUAUUGAUGGAAAAAUAUUCUGUGUGCAUGGUGGUUUGUCUCCUUCAAUACAAACAUUGGAUCAAAUUAGAACCAUUGAUAGAAAACAGGAAGUUCCCCACGAUGGACCUAUGUGUGAUCUAUUAUGGUCUGAUCCUGAAAAUACUCAGGGAUGGGGUGUGAGUCCUCGAGGUGCUGGAUAUCUAUUUGGUUCUGAUGUUGUCUCCCAGUUUAAUACAACAAAUGAUCUAGAUAUUAUUUGUAGAGCUCACCAACUAGUCAUGGAAGGUUAUAAAUGGCAUUUUGAUGAAACUGUCCUUACUGUUUGGUCGGCACCCAAUUAUUGUUAUCGUUGUGGUAAUAUCGCGGCAAUAUUAGAACUCAGCGAAACACUUCAAAGAGAUUUUAUACUAUUCGAGGCAGCUAUACAAGAGAGACAUGGAACGCAAUCAAAAAAACAUAUAGCUGACUAUUUCCUCUAAAUAUUCUCUAGUUCUUAAUGUAUUUAAUUUUAAUUCUCAUCGCAUAACUGAGAGAAGGAAUGUUUCAA